AUGAAGCAUGUAUCCUGCGAAUACAUUCAUUGCACCCACGCCGACCUUCAAGGCCACGUUCCCAACUUUGCUUGCUAUGCCUGCUGCUUCGUUUGUAGUGGCUGACCCAGCGCCAGUAACGCUAGGCUUGGCAGAAGAGGCACCUACUGGAGUUGCCUCCCCUUUCAUCACAUAGGUGUUGGCCGCGGUUGCUUUGGUGUUGUUCGAAGUAGUAAUGAUUUCCGCUAUUUGGAAGGCAAGGGCCCCUAUAGUCAUGACCU